CCAAAUCCACAUAGCAGCCUUCAGACACGCACACUUAUGUGAGCGUAACACUCACAUGUGCCUACGCACCAUGUGGCUUGCAUGUACGAUGCAUCGCUUGCGACUUUGCAGCUGAAUGUUCUUAUCGGGAGGGGCUUGGCAAUGCAACGGAGCGCGGUUGUUUUUUGUUGUCAUUGCUUCUGUUGCCGCCGUUGCAUACUGUUUUUUCUCAUUGUCCUCUACAUGGCCCACAUGGCCUGCAUACGCUUUGAGCAAUCGUACCCAUGGACGGAUUGGUCGGACAAGAGGCGAGACGUUCAGCGCGUCAAGUGAUACCUCUGAUUUGGGCGAUGUUCCCGAGUUGAACGAUACGGAAAAUGAAAGCAGCACAGAGCAUAGGUCCGUGCACCGGUGCUUGAAGUGUCGUUUCCUGCUUUGGACCCAUGAUUUUUCCGAAAGGGAUGACACAGAGCUUAUCUUGGAUUUUGCGGCUGCGCUGACAUCGUCGGGUCACAGAGUUCUAUUGGAAAGUCCCGUUGACGGAGCAUCUUUUGACCAACUGGAUCCCUCCUACGACUUUGGAGUUCGGGUCAAUCCUCGCUUGCAAAAACUUCUGUCAGGGGAUAGCAGCGAUGUUUGGGAUGCAAUUGGCGGUACUGUGUGGGAUGCGACUGCCGACGAAUUUCCUCAAUUCAUUGUGUUCUUCUCAGACACCUGGACACCCUUCUUUCAACAGCUGCAGCAGCCGGAAGAUUCGGAGGUUCGCUUGGUGUGGUAUUUCUACCAGACGCAGUGUAGUGUGUUUGGUCAUCAGGGGCCCAUCUUCGACCGGAUUGGAGAUGCACUGGCAAAACCUGACAGUGUGGUUUUCUUAUCCGCCGUGGAGCGAGAGCGCUGGUCCAAGCAUGACCACGGGCACUUCAAAGUUCUUGGCCCGCUGGUGGUGCCAAUUGCUACAAAUUGGGCCAAGGGUGACAAAGAUGCCUUUCGAAAAGAAGUUCGGCAUCGCCACAGCAUGGGCGCUCGUGAUUUCUUGGUCACAGUUGUGCAAGACCCCUGUCCACAUGCACAAGCGGAACGAGUUGAUUUCUGUUCAUCGAAAAUCAUAAAGCAGCUGAAUGCAAACUACUUGUCUUCGUGGCAGGUGAUCAUAUUUGGGAACGAGACACGUACAAAGUGUAAGGAUUACUUGCUCUUGCCGUUGCCAAAACCAACGGAACUUCAAAAAUAUUUGGCCGCCGCGGACCUACAUGUGAGCUUAACAGCUUCAGCCGUUGCCACCGACAAACUCCACGCACGCUCCUGGGGUGUCCCUGUCGUGCUGGCUGAGGAGUCGCACCACUCACAGAUGUCCUUCGAGAAGCUCUUGGGCAUCAAGUUGAGCAUGAAAGUCAAGGCGCUGCGUUGGGAAGCGUCAAUUGGCAGGUUGGCUGCGCAGUCGAGAGCAGAGACAAGUCGAGCUGACAUGUCGCGCCUGCCCACUUUCUUGAGUGAACCGUCACCGUCCACAGUGGUGGCUGGGCCUAGAAUCGGUAUAUUCAUCCAGAUGUCAAACAUGGGAGUAUGGCGGGAGCUGAAGCAAUGUGUUCAGACCGUGCUGCAUGCCACCAGCAAUAACACAGUUGAUGUGAUCUUGACGGCAACUCGGGACCAUCAGCACAUACAGUUGGCACUCCCGGUCUUGAGGCAGUCGGCCCCUGGGUCGUUGCGGUAUGACAUGCUUACCUUUGCCCGCGAGGUGGGGGCUGACCAGGGGGUCUUUCUACAGCAACUACUGUUUGCGCGUGAGAUGGGGCUGCAGCAUGAGAUACUUCUCAAACUGCACACCAAGGAGGAGCCUCGGUGGAGACAGACGAUGCAAGACGAUCUUUGCGGGAGUGUUGAAAUGGUCCGCGGUAUCAUCGCGCAGUUCGAGACAGACCCCUGGCUUGGCAUGAUCGGCCCUACAAAUCUGACCUUUUCGAAGGACGGGCCAGUUAGCCAAGUUGCAUUUGGGCAGGGGAAUGCUUUUAACGGUGCUUCAGUGAAACAAAUGAAACGAGUCUGGUCCCUAAUGAAGGGAGAGUUGAAGGGAAGUGAGAAGCUGCCACCAGAAGCAUGGUGGACCAUUGUGGCCGGAUCUUUCUAUUGGGUGAGGGCCAACCUGCCAAUGUGGGAAAGCACCUUGUUUCCGAACAUUGCUGGGAUUCUGGAAGCCUGCCAGCCCAGCAACAACUGUUUUGCUUCUGUUGGCUUGGAAAGGCUUUUGCCCACCAUGGUCGCCGCGACUCAUAAGGUGCUUGCUGUCCCUGCAAAUCACUCAUGGUAUUAAUGCUGAUGUGGAAGAGGAAAAUUCGGCCCUUCUUUUCACCCGGAGGAGUUCGUUAUCACAUGUAAUUGGGAGCCUGAUGAGGCUCCUAGCUGAUGAUGGCGCCUUCACAUUUGGGCCAAAGUUGCUCAUGGUGGUGGUUUGCUUCGCAGCUUCAUGACCUACACCGCGAUGUGC